GUACCACCAGAAUAGUGGGUUUUUCCCCCUGAAAAUGCUCGACAGCUUUUUGUGCAUCUGCUUAGUAUACCCUGUACCCAUCUCCAUACCCCAGCUCCUACACACCUGUGGAAAUCCUGUUUAUCUUUCCAUACCUAGUUCAUACUCACGGACUACUUCUGCUUUUUGCUUUUUUCACCAUACUUCUACCUGGUGGGGCCCGAGGAUACAACAUCCAUUACAAAUUAACCCAUUGGAAUAGAAAUAAAUUAAUAUCCCACUCAGUCUUUCCUUAGGACUAUAAUAGGCAGCACCCUUAGAUUUUACAUCUCCUACACAGCACCUUGGUUCUUUUCCCUCCAACCACACAAUAACAGAAAUUAUUGUUGUUAAUAUAAGAAGAGCUUCCAUUUAGUAAGCUUUUACCAUAGAUCAGACACUAUGCCAAGUGCUUCACAUGCAUGAUCUAAAAUAUUAUCUCAUUCAAUCCUUAUAACAAUCCAUAAAUUAUGUACUCAUACUCACAUUACAUCUAUGAAAAUAUUUAGAGAGAGUGACCUUCCCAGAGAUACUUGGUUAGUAAGUGGAACUUUGGGUCCACAAAAUCAGGACUUAUUCAAAAGCCUGCAGUCUCUCCACAAAAUUACACUGGGCUGAGUGAUUCUCCUGGUUCUGGAGAAAUAAAUGGGGAUUAGGACAGAAUCCAGAAGAAGAUGAAAGACUUUGAUCUAAACUUUAAGCUAAAAGAAUCAAGUUGGUCUUUAAGGUUUUUAUAUUGUUAAGACAUUCAACAAGAUAACAAGAAAGAUAGUGAUAAACAUCAGAGGAAUUAAUAGCACACCAAAAAAUUGACACUUGGCUAGAAAUAUAUUUGGAUUUAUAUCUCUUAGAAGUCUAAAUAAAGCAGUCAGCAACAGAUGGAGGUACACAUGCAACAGGAGCUAAAGGAAACAUAAUAUAUAGUCUAGUUGACAAGAUGAAAUCCCAAAAUUUGAACACUGCAAUUAAAGAGCCAUCUUCUCUACUAAAUUGAAUUAAUUCAGUUGUAUAACCCUUUUCAAGAAUAAAAAGUCCAUUAAAGAACAUAAAACUAAAUAAGUUUUACCAUGUUAUUAGUCUUUCAAAUUAUAAUUACUUAAUAUAUACUACUUUUACAUUAAUAUAAGAAAUAGAAGAAUUCUGGGAACUAAGUCAUGUCCAUAAACCAGACAGGCAGAGGGACCCAGCAGAAACGAGCAAAGCCUGUAGGUCAUCACAUUCCAUCUGAAAGAUCCAGAUGAAACCAAAUGAAACAGCACUUCAACAACACGACUAAACAACUGCUGGGACUACUGAACUCGGAAACACAGCAAGAGAUCAUAUUUGAAAUAUGGCGCAGAGUGACUUCCUCUACCCAGAGAACCCAAGGAGGCGGGAAGAAGUACACCAUCUUCACCAACAGCUCCUUGACUGCUUAUCUGACAGUUUCUGUGCCACCAAUGAGCUAAUUGGAGUUUUAAAUAUGCAUUUGGGGUGUGGGCUUGCCUCCAUUGAGAUGAACAGAAAUGGGACCAUCAAAGAAAACUGUGAUACCAUUAUCCAAGCCAUGAUGGAAAUCCAAAAGGAAUUGCAAAAGGUUGACGAAGCACUAAAAGAUAAACUAGAGCCAACCCUUUAUAGAAAACUUCAGGAUGUUAAGGAAAGGGAAACAGAGAAAAUUGCAGUCGUACAAAAGGUUAUUUCAGUCAUCCUGGGAGAAGCCACUUCUGCAGCCAGUGCAGUGGCUGUUAAACUCGUAGGCUCAAGUGUCACAACUGGCAUAAUUAACAAGUUGGUCACUGUGUUAGCUCAGAUUGGUGCUUCUCUCCUUGGUAGUAUAGGAGUUGCUGUUCUUGGCCUUGGCAUAGAUAUGGUCUUCCGUGCCAUCCUAGGAGCAGUGGAGAAAACGCAGCUACAAGCAGCCAUCAAAAGUUAUGAGAAGCAUCUGGUGGAAUUCAAGUCAGCCUCAGAAAAAUAUCAUCAUGCCAUUACUGAGGUCACCAAUACAGUGAAACACCAAAUAAAAUAAACAGCCACCUUUUUUGAAACUGGAAUACUCUCUGCUUCUCUUUCAAUAAUAGUGUUUGGUUUCUUGGACUAGCUUCAUUUUCCAUAAGCUUCCAACAUAGACAUAAAUAUGGUAACAGAUUGGAAAGAUUACUUGAGUUUUGCUUCAGUGACAAAUGCCUGGACAGGUUGGUGCUAGACCAUGGGAGAGAAUCUUAGGAUUUGUUUAACUCUACUCUACCAGCUCAAUAUUAGGGCAUAUACUAAUGUAGAGUAGCAGUUGUAAGGGUAACCUUUUCCUUCCUAAUUUCAAGU